AGCAGCGGUGAAGAAGGUGCUCUCCAGUGCCGCUGCGAAAUGGCUGGACAGCAGUUUCAGUACGACGACAGCGGCAACACAUUUUUCUACUUCCUAACGUCCUUUGUUGGACUAAUUGUCAUCCCAGCCACUUACUACCUCUGGCCCCGGGAUCAGAAUGCAGAGCAGUUACGGCUGAAGAACCUGAGGAGGGUCCACGGACGAUGCCUUUGGUACCGCUUGCGCUUGAUGAAGUCACAGCAGAGCAUCGUCCCCACGUUAAAAAAGGGAGUGUUGCUAUGUGGCUGGGCGCUGUUUCUCUUCCUGGCCUAUAAGGUGUCCAAAUUGGACAGAGAGUACCAGGAGUAUAACCCCUAUGAAGUCCUUGGCCUCGACCCGAGUGCGUCUAUGGCUGAGAUUAAGAAGCAGUACAGGGUGCUGUCACUCAAAUUCCAUCCUGAUAAAGGAGGAGACGAGAGCACGUUCAUGAGAAUAGCCACAGCAUACUCCGCUUUGACCAAUGAGGAGUCGCGAAAUAAUUGGAUAAAGCACGGCAACCCAGAUGGUCCAAGAGCGACAAGUUUUGGCAUCGCGCUCCCUGCGUGGAUUGUUGACCAGAAGAACUCCAUGCUGGUGCUGCUGGUGUAUGGUUUGGCUUUCAUGGUCAUUCUUCCUGUGGUUGUGGGAACAUGGUGGUAUCGCUCCAUUCGUUACAGUGGUGAUCAGAUUCUCAUCAACACAACUCAACUCUACAUGCACUUUAUGUAUAAAACGCCCAACAUGAACAUGAAACGGUUAAUUAUGGUUUUAACAGCAGCGUUUGAGUUUGACCCACGCAGCAACAAAGAAGCCAUAAUAAGACCGACAGACAACAUAGAAGUCCCUCAGCUAAUCCGAGAGCUGGGCAACAUCAACGUGAAGAAGAAGGAACCGCCGUUCUGUUACCCGUACAGUCUAAAGGCCCGGGUUCUGGUCCUCACACACCUGGCCCGAAUGGAAGUCUCAGAGAACAUAGAGGAGGACCAGAGGUUCGUGGUGAGGAAGUGCCCCGCCCUGCUUCAGGAGAUGAUCAACGUGGGCUGCCAGCUUACCAUGAUGGCUAACAGCAGAGGAGAGAGCGGGAUCCACGCUCCCAGGCUGGUGUCCAUAGAGAACUGUAUGAAGUUGACUCAGAUGGUAGUCCAAGGUCUGCAGGAGUCCAAGUCUCCUCUGCUCCAGCUACCUCACUUUGAGGAGGAGCACCUCCGAUUCUGCAUUUCCAAGAAGUAUAAGGUGCGCAGCCUGCAGGACCUGGUGAGUCUGAAGGACUCGGAGCGGAGGAAUAUGCUGCGUUUCCUGGGAGAGGAGAAGUACGACGAAGUCAUGGCCGUGCUCGGAAGUUUCCCCAGUGUUACCAUGGACAUCAAACUACAAGUGCUGGAUGAUGAGGACAGCAACAACAUCACAGCAGGGUCUAUUGUCACGGUUACGGUUACCUUGACGAGGAGGAGAAUGGCCGAUGUGUUUGAGAAGGAGCCGGACUCCCAAGAUGCAGCGGAUGAGGCCAACGCGGAGGAAACGCAAGGUGACACUGCCAAGAACAAAACCAAAGUUUGGCAGAACAAAACAAAAGGAGCGAAAAAAUCCCAAAAGUCCAAAAAGAAGAAACUGACCAAGAAGAAGCCAUCCGUCCAGCAGCAGGCCAAGAGUGAAAAGCCCAAACAAGCCAAUGGGAACGUGGCAGGAAACGAAGUGGCUGCAGUGGCGAAGGAGGAAGAGGAAGAUGUGUCAGACAAAGGCAGCGAAUCAGACGAGGCCGAGGGGAACAAGGACACAGCCAGCGAAAGAGACGACGAGAGCGAGAAACAGAGCGACACAGAGAUGGACGAGGUGGCCGGAGAUGACGAAGAGGAGUGGGAGGCCCUUCAGCAGAGUAUCCAGCGACGGGAACGCGCCCUCCUGGAGACCAAGUCGAAGAUCACGCACCCGGUCUACAGUCUGUUCUUCCCCGAGGAGAAGCAGGAAUGGUGGUGGCUAUACAUCGCAGACCGCAGGGAGCAAACCCUGGUCUCCAUGCCCUACCACGUCUGCACGCUCAAAGACACAGAGGAGGUUGAGCUGAAAUUCCCCGCUCCAUCCAAAACAGGAAACUACCAGUAUAAUGUCAUCCUUCGCUCAGAUUCCUAUUUGGGAUUAGAUCAGAUUAAACCACUCAAGUUGGAGGUGCACGAAGCGAAGGCUAUGGUGGAUAACCACCCGCAGUGGGAUAUACCUGAGACUGAGGAAGAGGAGGAGGACCAGGAGGACAGCGACGGAAUCGAGGAGUCAGAGGAAGAUGAUGAAGAUAACGAUUAGACAGUCGGACUCGUCUGCUCAACGCCCGCUGUCUGGAGUACAGGCCAUAAAGGACUCCGACUCAGCACACACACACACACACACACAGCAGCAGCAACAACAACAACAAGACUCACAUACACUUGAACCAUCAACUCCCUCUUCCCCUGUCCACAGCAUAACUACAAUCACCAACACAUGGUGUACUAAAUAAACAAUACUUUACGCUUCCUGUAUUCCAGCAGACACAACCAUUUACACACACUCACACACACACACACACACACAAACACGCACUUGUCGUGGACUCCAGUGCCAGCGUUUUCCCAUGAUGCAGUUGGCCCGUGUCAAGUUGCUGGGUUGUUCCCAGAUUCCUGCUCCUGUUUUCGGAGUAUGUGACCAACCUCCAUGGAAAAAAUAAAAAAUGAAAAAAAAUAAUAAUAGAAACAAAAAAUAAAAAAAAAAACAGACUGAACCCCAAACAAGAAAACAGAACUCACGACUUAUCAUUUGUUAACGCUAUGAAUAUUCAUAUUCUAGAUUUUUCGUUAUCACCCAGGUGGCAUUGCGUUGACCCUGCCCCAUGGUUUGUGCAGUGUAAACAGUGGUGACUCUGGACUGUGACAAGGUUAUGUCAGUGUGUUUUAUUAAGAUGAAAGGUAGAGGUGUUGGGGCUGUUUUGUUUUCUUUUGAGGGUGUUUUUUUUUUUUGCUUUUCUUAGAUGCAAAAGCAUCUCGGAAUUUACUCCUCCUUGGAAUAAUGAUGAGUAUCCAUUUACCACCGACAGCGCCGUUCUGGAGAGAAACUUCCCUUUCUUUUGGAUUAUGUAUCGCUGCACACAGUUCACGGCCAGACCUACAGUUUAUUCCAGCCCUUAUCUUCAGUCUCACCUCGCACGUAAUCUUAGUCCUAAUCUCGGCCCUAAUCCUAAUCCAGUCCGCAGCCAGGCAGAAGCUCCGUUAAAGAUCUGUUUAUAUACACUCUGCUCCUUGUUCUGUUGCGCCGGAGGAAGAUCCCUUGAGAAUCGAGGUCUUUGAACGCUCAGAAUUUGGAAUCUGUUUGUCGUUGGUUUAUCUCUCAGGCGGUAAAACGGUUUGUGACUGUCCGCAGUAGUACUGGGGGGAAAAGCUGUGCCGAGUGAUUUGUUAUCUCUGCGUCAGGCUGAGGUUACAGUCAGACUAGUUUAGGAGUGAACAUUAUGGUUUGUGAGAUGCUGAGUAAUUAAUCGGUGUAUAUGUUGUGUAAUCUCCACUUUGCUGUGGCAGAAGACGACUAAGGUUAACCCGAUCAAUAAAUCAAUGGCUUUUAGAUCCACAGGAGAUGAACCAGCUGCUCACUUCAGAUGCAACAUCCUCAGUGUGUCCACAUGUCAUUUGUACGGCUCUGAUUGGAUAUAUCAGAAUCGUACGGAUACGGUCUUUCUAUGUGGCGUUUUUUGUUUUCUUUGUUUUGUUUUGUUGACAUUCCACUUCUCCAUUUGGAACGCCUUAUGUUCAUUUACAUGUUGGACUGUUUUGCCCGUUAAGGAGUCAUGCUGACAUGAGUUUAUAGGAUUUUGUUUUGUUUUAGCUGUUUGGGUUUUUUUUUUUUUGUUUUUUUUUUUAGGAUUAUCAUUGUGGAAUUUCUCUUUUGUUUUUUUUGUUGUUCGUAAAACAAACUACAUUUAAAAGUCCUUCUGCCUUUGUUUUAAACUAAUUCUGAUAAAAAGGCUGCUCUGUCGUUCUCUACUUAGGGUUUUUAAUCACACUGGCUGGUGUAACAGACACCACAACCAAGAAGAGUUCAUUUGCAUUUUUAUAUGUCCAUUUUUUUUCCCUGUUCCCUCACAUAGAUGAAGGCUGAGGAGAACGGAUUUUCAAGGGAGAUUCUAAGUGUGUGUGUGAAGGGGGGGGGGGGGGGGGUGUCGAUUCUGUCCCUCCCCCUUUGCAAAGGUAGGGCAAAGAUUGGAGUAAGAGGGAGAUUGCCCACUGUUUGCUAAUCUUUCAUCUGUUCUAUCAGUUUGUUGGAAGGACGGGG